AUGCCUUUCUCGCCUUCGAUGCAAUUGGCCAAGGCUGAAAUGGUCGCUGUUUCAUCCAAAAACAAACAGACCAAGAUCUCACUUUCGAUGGCAUUAGCCAAGGCCAAAAUUGUCGCUGUUCAAUCCAAAACAAACCAGUACGAGGUCUCACUUUCAAAGAAAUUGGCCAAAGUCAAAUUUGAGGUUGUUUCAUCUAAAAAGAAACGGGGCAAGAGAAAAAAAUCACCACGUGGGGAGGAGACAGAGUGUCUUAUGAAACGUUCUCUUCAACCAAUUAGCAUAAGCAUCAAUAUUCCGCGUCACGAACUGGAAGAUAGGAUCACAGGUAUUUGGAAAGAAGCUUGGUUUGGGCUCUACGAAGUUCACUUGGCACGAUGCCCACGUUCUCAUUCCCACCGGCUCCAGACACUCUACUUGGGAGCAGGCCUCGGAUACGCGCCAAAGGUGUAUACUAGAAUCUUUGAAUCCAGUCUAGAUCGCUACUUCGCUCGACGGUGGGAUAACGGUAUUGCGUCUUUAAAGCUAUGUGAUGAACUAUGCGUUUUCACAUUGCACGCCAUCUACGAAGUUCUGGUAGAAUAUCAGAAAGAGAUCACUCCUCUCCGGCGACUUUACGCCCUGUUGGAAAGAAAGCAGCUUCGCAUGACCGCAGAUGGUCUGGAAAUCAGAUCGCCCUUCGAGACUGAUGUCUUGGUACAUGACUUUAAUAGAAUAGCGCGGCCGAUGGCAAAAACACUUGCUUCGAUCGAGACACGUACGAAUGAAGUUAAUAAGAACAUCGAGGAGGAGCUCAAGGAUUACAGGGAUAGAAAUGGGAGAUCGGCGGUCUCGAAGUACAUUUAUGAAAUGGAAUUCCCUGAACGUUGA